UGGACCGACACCGAGCCCAUCCCUGUGGCUAAAGAAGGAGGUCUGUUGAGACCGGAGUCAUUUUAUAGAACUCCAACUUGUCAGAGACCAAGGGAAUAUUCCCAGCAGACAUGGCUAUCAACACGACUCGAGACAGCCUCCCCUCAGAGCAGACACCAUCACCUACAUCCCAGGACUGGAAUUCAGAAAAAGAAGACUACAACCCUGAGGUCUGGCACUUGAAGUUCAGAGCUUUCAGCCCCUCAGAGCAGUCGGACCCCAUCCAGGAUCUGAAGAGGAUCUCUGAGCUGUGCUAUCAGUGGCUGAGACCAGACCUGAAUAGCAAGGAGGAGAUCCUGGAUCAGCUGGUGUUGGAGCAGUUCAUGAUCUCCAUGCCUCCAGAACUGCAGGCCUUAGUGAAGGAGAGCGGAGUGAAGAGCUGCCAAGAGUUAGAGAAGAUGCUGAGGGAUGGCGGGGAACCUCAACAUUGGGAAGAGGAGGUUUUCCUGGAUACAGUUCCUGAGAGCGGAGAACAGGACGACCCGAGAAAUGAGCGGAGCCUGGAAUGUAACUGGGUGCAGAGUUCUGAUUCUGUCAGAGGAGAAGAUGUGAAGAUGCCCCAGGAAGAUACAAAUACAGAUGCUGUCACACCGUUCACCCAUGUUCUGGAAAGAAGAGAUUUAGCUGCACACACAGAUCUUCAGAGUCUCUCUAGUUCCAAUGGAGACAAGGUUCCCCCUUGUCAAGGAGGGGCCUCCUGUGUGGACAGGACAGAAGAUGGGCAGCUAGGGCUUGCUACCCUACGACCUGUGGAGCCUGUUGAUCAUCUCGCCGGCCAGGCUAAGUUUGUGUGCAGUGAAUGCAAGAAGAGCUUCCUGUACAGGUCUCAGUUCAUCAUCCACCAGAGGUCACACACAGGAGAGAGACCCUUUGAGUGCAGCGUGUGCAAAAAGGGGUUUGUGCAAUCCUCAGACCUUCGGGUCCACAAGCGCAUCCACAGGGGUGAAAAGCCUUACGUGUGCAGCAUCUGCAGCAGGAGGUUUGCCCACAAGUCCACUCUGCGGGGUCACACUAAGACCCACACAAAGGAGAAGCCAUACGAGUGUGAGCACUGUGGGAAAUGUUUCAGUCACAAGGGCAACCUCAAUAUCCAUCUCCGUAUCCACAGCGACUCAAGACCUUACAGUUGUAAGGAGUGUGACAAGGCCUUCAGACAGCAGGGGACUCUGAAACAGCACAUGAAAAUCCAUUCAAGAAUGGCAUCCUUGGGCACUGGUGGCGCACGCCUUGAAUGCCAGCACUCGGGAGGCAGAGCCAGGCGGAUUUCAGUGAGUUCGAGGCCAGCCUGGUCUACAGAGUGUUGA